AUCCUCCAGUCCUCUCUUGUCCACUUAUCUGUCUAUAUGUUUAAGUGAUCACUGCUGUAGCUACUGAUCCCAUUAUCACGCAUUAUAAUUGACUGUUAAUGUGGUAAGGAGGAUGAUCACCAGGUUGAUUUAUGACAUCGUCAGGAGGAUGUGGGAGAAGGAUAAAAAAGGGAGAAAUGAAACAGGAACCGUCUGAUUGAAACAGGAACAGCAGUACUUCCACAGCUCUUCAUUUUGGCUGGUUAGACGUCUGUGGCUUGUCUAAAGCGUUGCUACAAAUGAACUGGAGCUGCUAUAUGAACUGGAGUUCCUGUAGUCAGCGCAGUGUAAAGCGUCUGUCAGGAUUUAAAACCAUGUUCUGUGAAGUCUACGCAGAGGUGAGACCGGAGCUCUGCUCCACGGAGAAGAAAAGCCAAAACUCUGACCGGACCAUGGACCUGGGGCUGGCUGAGGACCAUUUCUCGCGACCUGUGGGCUCUUUCGUGGCGUCGGACAUCGAGCAGCUGAAGCAGGCGAUAGAGGAGUGUAAAAAGCUGAUCUUAGAGCUGCCAGAACAUUCGGAGAGACAGAAGGACACCGUGGCCAAACUCAUCCAUCUGCGUCUCAAACUCCAGGAGCUGAAGGACCCAGAAGAGGACGAGCCCAAUUUGCGGAUCGUCCUGGAGCACCGAUUCUCUAAGGAGAAGAGCAAGAGUGUCAAACAGACCUGCGACAAGUGCAGCACCAUCAUCUGGGGUCUUAUUCAGACCUGGUACACGUGCACAGGGUGUUACUAUCGUUGCCAUAGCAAGUGCAUGAAUCAAAUCACAAAACCAUGCGUGAGGUCCAAAGUGAGCCACCAGUCAGAGUACGAACUAAACAUCUGCCCAGAGAUCGGUCUGGACAAACAGGAUUAUAGAUGUGCUGAGUGCCGAGCCCAGAUCUCUCUCAGAGGCGUCCCGAGUGAGGCGAGGCAGUGUGACUAUACGGGACAGUAUUACUGUAGCACCUGCCACUGGAACGACACUGCCAUCAUCCCUGCACGUGUCAUACACAACUGGGAAUUUGAGCCCAAAAAGGUGUGCCGCUCAUCCAUGCGUUACCUGGCGCUUAUGAUCUCCCGGCCUGUGCUGAAGCUGAAGGAGAUAAACCCACUACUCUUUAACUUUGUCGAGGAACUGGUGGAAAUCAGGAAGCUGCGUCAGGAUAUAUUAUUAAUGAAGCCCUACUUCAUCACCUGUAAAGAGGCCAUGGAAGCCAGAUUGCUGCUGCAGCUUCAGGAUCGGCAGCAUUUUGUGGAGAAUGACGAAAUGUACAGUCUACAGGACCUGAUCGACAUCUCCAGCGGCCGUCUCAGCUGCUCUCUCACAGAGAUUCACACCACCUUCGCCAAGCACAUUAAACUCGACUGUGAGCGAUGCCAAGCCAAAGGUUUUGUGUGUGAGCUGUGUAAGGAGGGGGAUAUUCUCUUCCCGUUCGAUAGCCACACCUCAGUGUGCCACGACUGCUCCGCGGUUUUCCACAGGGAUUGUUAUUACGACAACUCGACGACGUGUCCACGAUGCGCCAGAAUGACCGAGCGCAAGCAGGAGGAGCUGGCGGAGCUUUAGAGACAUGGGAUGUUAGCUGGUACACGGAAUUUCACUGUGACGGCACCACGAUCGGUGCUGAACCUGGCAUUGUGAGCAUGCUUUCGUUACAGGGCUGGCACAUUCCUGGUGUUCCUGUAUACUUCUUUGUAUCGGCUGUCUUUUUUUUAAAAAUCUGCUUUUUGUGCGUCUGUGUGUUGUAACACUACAGCAUCGAUGAAGACACUGCAGGAGAGACACUGAACGAGAUGUGUGAUAGGGGUGAACUUGUAAUAUCGGCUUUCGCAAUGAGCUCUGUGAUCAUGCAGGACUGAACAUGAAACACUACAAGUGUUGUAUGGAUUUUAACAGGUUUAACAAACAAACAAACAAAAAAAGUCUCCCAUUACCUAGCCUUAUUAAUGAGAUUGUGUUAAGGCGCUUUCACACUUUUUUAUGUUUUAAAGUGAGUUUUGAAACAUAAGAUUUGUGUGAAAGCACCUUUCUAUAGUAUAUCAAAUCUGUUUAUUAUAGUACACUAUAAUAUAUUUCUGUAUUUAUCUCUGCAUUGUAGUUACAGGGAAAUGGCAAUGUGUGUGACAUGCAGGAUUAACAUAUUUCUUAUCGCCAAACAUUUAAUCAAAAUCAGUGUAAAGACUAUUGAUUUACCCAAGCGCCAUAUUUUAACGUUAUUAUUACUUCAGUCAAACUGAAGGAGGAGUAAAAGAGGAGUAAAGUUCUGUGGUGUUUGUCUCUAUGGCUCUUUAAUCCGUUUGCUCUCAUUUUGAGGCAGGCGAUACCUCAGAAUGUACUGGUUUAUGCACUCUUUAUUAUUUGUUUUAAAAUAAUAUUGAUUAUGCUGUUACAUUUCAGCAUGCCAUUUAGUUUUUUUUCUCUUUUUUUUGAGCUGUGAUGUAACAGACAUUGUGAUGUGAAGUUAUUCUUAUCUGUACAAUGUAACGUGAUGCUUAUGAAGAACAUGAGUAAAGUUAAUAACUGGA